AUGACCGGGAACCCGUGUGCCCGCAGGCUGGCCCGGCGCUCCAAGUCGGCGCUGCUGAUCGCCGCUCUGGCCGUCCUGCUGGUCCAGACUCUCAUCGUGUGGAACUUCAGCAAUCUGGACUCCGCCGCCGGGGACGGAGGCGCCAGGAGCCGGGAGAAGAGAGAGGAGCGAGCCGCCGGGGGUCUCAACAAAGCCGACGGUCGUGCUCCUCGGAGGGGGCUGCAGAAGAAGGGAGACCCGCCGCCGCCGCUCGGAAAGGCGGCCGUUCGGCACAAGCUGCAGGCGGACGUCUACCAUUCCCACCGGCCCAAAGAGAAACUUCGCUUGGAUAGCAACAACAAUGAGAACUCUGUCCCUAAAGACUUUGACACCAUCGACAGCAACAGCAACCUUGGAGCUCGAUCUCAACGCCAGCGAGUACCGUUAGCAAACGCCAAACGCAAGCUGGACAAGGCACAAGCACAAAGCAUGAUGGGAAAAUCUGCCAACGAGGUCCUCAAGUUCCCUCCUGUCCAACCGAGAGGGCUGGGCCACAAUCACAACCGCACCCACGUCCGUAAACCCCACCCCCAGGUGCCGACGGUCCCGGCACCGGUCCAGGGGUCCAAUCAGGAUCCAGUUCUCUACCAGGUGAAGAAGUCGUCCACGCCGCUGCCGCCCGGUUUGGAGCCAAGGAAGGAGCAUCUGCAGUGUGAGAUCAGCGGGAAGGAAGCCAUUUCUGCUCUGUCCAGAGCCAAGAGCCGAGAGUGUCGUCAGCAGAUAGUGGAGGUCUACUGCAAACACAAAGACAGAGCACUAAUGCCUGAGAAAGUGCCUCGCUACUGCCCCAUAGAAGGUAAAGCUAAUGUCAACGUACAGUGGGACGAGGCCCCCUCAGAAGCUGCCCAGCUCGUCCCGGCACGGAUCGCCUUUGUCCUGGUGGUCCACGGCCGAGCCUCGCGCCAGUUCCAGCGUCUCUUCAAAGCUAUCUACCACACCUCGCACUACUACUACAUCCACGUAGACCUGAGGUCCAACUACCUCUACAGAGAGAUCCUGACUCUGGCCGGCCGGUACCCCAACGUCCGGGUGACUCCCUGGAGGAUGUCCACCAUCUGGGGCGGGGCCAGCCUGUUGACAAUGUACCUACGCAGCAUGGAGGACCUGCUCCAAAUGUCCGACUGGUCCUGGGACUUCUUCAUCAACCUCAGCGCUGCAGACUACCCCAUCAGGACCAAUGAACAGCUGGUGGCUUUCCUGUCCAAGUACCGCAACAUGAACUUCAUCAAAUCUCACGGCAGAGACAACGCACGCUUCAUCCGUAAACAGGGUCUGGACCGCCUCUUCUACGAGUGUGACACCCACAUGUGGCGUCUCGGGGACCGCAAGAUCCCAGAGGGCAUUGCGGUGGACGGAGGCUCCGAUUGGUUCCUGCUCAACCGGGCCUUUGUGGACUACGUGGUCAACUCCAGAGACGAGCUGGUCGGCAGCAUGAAGCGCUUCUACGCCUACACACUGCUGCCUGCCGAGUCGUUUUUCCACACCGUGCUGGAGAACAGCGCCCACUGUGAGACCAUGGUGGACAACAACCUGAGGCUCACCAACUGGAACCGCAAACUGGGAUGUAAAUGCCAGUACAAGCAUAUUGUCGACUGGUGUGGCUGCUCACCCAACGACUUCAAGCCCUCGGAUCUGCCACGCUUCCAGCAAGCGUCCAGACCAACCUUCUUUGCCAGGAAGUUUGAGGCCAGCGUCAGUCAGGAGAUCAUCAACCAGCUGGACUCCUACCUGUUUGGAUCGUACGCCUCAGGCACCCUGGGGCUCCACGCCUACUGGGAAAACAUCUAUGAGCAGGAGACGGACGGCCUCGCCAGCCUAUCGGACUCCAUGCUCAGCCAUUUCCACGUCUUCGCCCGGAUGGGACUGUCGCGCGCCGCCAGCUCGCUGCAGGGCCAUCCCAAUGACAACAGCUGCAGGUUCAUGGCCAUGAACCACCCAGUGUCGGUCCACCUUUACUUCCUCUCAGACCAGUUCCAGGGCUACCUGGUGCGUCACGUUUUCACUAACCGAGCCUCCACGCAGCUGGAGAGCCUGGAGACCUGGGUGACACCUAAAGAUCACUUCACCCUGGCCAGCCCCACCCAACCCACCAACAGGCUGCAACAUGUACAGGUAGGGGCGGACUGGGAUCCCAAGGAGCGUCUCUUCAGGAACUGGGGGGGUUUACUGGGGCCCACGGACGAGCCGGUGGCCGUACAGCGCUGGAGCCGAAGCCAGAGCAACCUGACGGCCACUGUGGUGUGGAUCGACCCCACCAACGUAAUCGCUGCCACCUACGACAUCCUAGUAGACGCCUCUGCAGAGGUCACCCACUAUCGGCCCCCGCUCAGCCCACCGCUGAGGCCCGGGUUGUGGACGCUAAGAGUGCUGCACCACUGGAACCCACUGGGACAGACCACCUUCAUCGUGGCUCCGCUCGAGUUCCACCGACAACGGCCUUUACUGCAAGAGGAUGCUCUGCGGUUGCACGGCGGCCCGGCCAGGAACUCCUACAUGGAGCAGAGUUUCCACGGCCUGAACCCGGUGCUGCGGCUGCCGGUGAGCCUGGGCGCCGUGGAGGAGGCCGAGGCCAACGCCGGCCUGACGGCGCCGCUGCAGCGCUGGCUGGACGGGCUGCUGGAGGGCCACUGGUCGGCCGCAGACGUCUGCUCCAUGGGACCCAGCGUCUGUCCCGUCAUGCAGCGCUGCCGUCACACCGUGUGGAGUUCUGCCAGCCCCGACAGCAAAUCUGAACUGAACCCGCCCAGAGACGACGGACGGAUCAGGUAGCAGGCGGACAGACCGAGUAAGGGACAAGAGGAACAAAUGAAGGAAGGCAUGGGGCUGAUGUCCUGUUAGUGUCUGAUAUUUAUUUAUUUAAAGUUUGUGCAACGUCAGAGUGA